GGAGCUGCGCGGCGGGAGCCGGAUUAGAGGCACCGGUUACCCCGGGAAUCUCUCCCAAUACUCCCGGCGGGAGCUUCCCACCACAUCCCACUCCUCAGUCGAACUUGGGUGCCAUCGAUUGAUACCUCGGGGCAGUCCCGGCUCGGUUACCGGGCGGAAAGUUGCGAGCCGCACGAUGGAGUUUAAGGUGGAGGCGCACCGCAUCAUGACCAUCUCCCUCGGCAAGAUCUACUCUUCCCGGGUACAGCGCGGAGGCAUCAAGUUGCACAAGAACCUGCUGGUGUCCCUGGUGCUCAGAAGUGCCCGGCAGGUCUACCUGAGCGAGCAGGAAGAACUCUACUUGCAGGCUCAGGGCCAGUUCCAGGCGGCGGCGGCGGCAGCAGCGGCAGCGGCCGGUGAGCAGUCUGCCAACUGGGCCGAGAUGGAGGAGAGGAUCGCCUGCGAGUCCUCGGGCGAUCAGGGAGUGAGCAGGGCUGAGGCGGAGAGGACAGAACCCCAGGAGCAAGGGCCGAGCUGGGUUGAGGUGGAAAGGACUUUGUGCCCGCUCUCACAGGACCAAGAGCCAGAAGCAAAGGCCACCCAGGAGCAGGACACCCCCCGCCAGUCUGCGGUUACAUGCGCCCAGCAGCUGGAGGCGAGGGGGUCCCGAGAGCUGGGGGCUCCUUCGGAUUGUGACUCGGUGGCCAAAGCGAGUUCUGGUCGGAAGAGGCGAAACGGAGAGCAGGGGGAAUCGGAGCCUGAAAGCCCGCUCAAAAGGCCCAGGACCGAGCAGCAUCUGGCCAUCCCGGCUGCCAGCCAAGAGGAAGAGGAGAUGGAGACUUCCAACGUCUCCAGUCUCAUCAACAUCUUUGGCUCCAGCUUCUCUGGGCUCCUGAGUAAAGAGGAGAGCGAGGGCGAGAGCGGGCAGAUCUGCUGUGAUCAAGUGUUGGGAAACAUGGGCUCCUGGAACAGGGCGAUUGUCGCCUUCUGAAAGUUUCGCCCUCUGGGACGGGAGUGAUGGAGACCAGGACUUUUUCGGUUUCGAUUGGUUCUCACUUCUGGAGCAAGCACGGCUUGAGAGGUUUGGUUCGGAGCAACCUGCACAUCUCUAAAAAAGGCGCCCUCAGCACCACGUGGGGAGCAGGUUCAUUCACCACCCCCGAUGAGGAAACGGAGCGGAUAGGCGGGCCCCGACGGGCGUGUUCGGACUCGGGCGGAGGGCAUUUGUUUGAGAGUUGGGAGUUCCUGUGAAUUUAUUUUGGUUUAAUUGUGUAUCUUUGCAGCCCGACUAAAGGUUUCAAGGUAGCAAGAGUGUUCAGUUGGAAGUUUUAUUGUAUAUUGAAACAAAAUACAAAUUGCUGAGUCAGUUGCCUUUUCCCGUCUGUUCUACGCCCUUUCGCAGAUGUUAAUUUGCAUUGGACUCGCAAUGGGCAGUCUGGGUACAUUGCUGUACGUCAAUUUAACGUCUUUGUUUUAUAAAGACAUGAAAAACGUUCGAUUAUUAACCGUUUUUGUAAUACUGUUUUCAUUGUUGUAUGACUGGUGUAAUUUACAUGAAUUAAAAGGUUAUUUUAAAUUAA